GUCAAUACUACCGCCACUGAUCUCACAAUAGACUUCCUAAUGGAGGUCCCACGAAAGUGUGGGCAACUAGGUAAAGGAGGCAUCCCCGACAUCGAAGGAGCGGCAAAGGUUGUCAUAAUGGAUUGGAGGGAUGGAAGGAGUCAAGGUUGGAUUGAUCCCCACAACUACCAAGGUGUUAAGCCAGCCACCGCUGCCAUAAUGAUUGAUGAUCGAAAAGAGAUUGUUAAAGAGUCGACUGAAGAGUUUAAAUUGGAUGGGCUAUGGGGUGAGGAUUGGAAU